AUGGCGAGCACAAUCUCCUUGCGUAUCAAACCCGUCAGCUCCUUGUGCUCCCUUGCUACCACAACCAUCCGCAGAACAAAUCCCUCAAUCCUUCCCCAAAAUUCGCAUUUUCUCCCUCGACCGCUCCUGCGGCCAUCCUUCCGACGCACCUAUGCCGACAAUGCUGCUCCUCAAGCCAAUCUCUCUCCGCCGCCUGCGCCAAAGAAGCGAUUCCGAUUCUUUCGCUUUCUCUGGCGCAUAACAUAUCUGUCAACUCUUGCUGGUCUCGGGUAUGUGGCAUAUACAGUCUGGGAAGGCCGCAAUCCCAAUGAUCAAUAUGAACCGGAUCCCACCAAGAAGACCCUCGUUAUUCUUGGUACGGGCUGGGGUUCUGUCUCUUUGCUCAAAAAUCUGGAUACCGAAAACUACAAUGUCGUCGUCGUGUCCCCUCGAAAUUACUUCCUGUUCACUCCUCUUCUUCCGUCAUGCACAACCGGUACGAUUGAACACCGCUCUAUCAUGGAACCCAUCCGCAAUAUUCUCCGGCACAAGAGGGCCAAGGUCAAGUACUACGAAGCUGAAUGUACCAAGAUUGACUACGAGAAGAGAAUUGUGUAUGCCAAGGAUGAUUCCGAUAUUAAAGGAGAUACCAGGGAGGCCGCGAUUCCGUUCGACAUGCUCGUCGUGGGUGUCGGUGCCGAAAAUGCCACUUUUGGUAUUCCCGGUGUCCGUGAACAUGCGUGUUUCUUGAAAGAAGUCGGUGAUGCUCAAAAGAUCCGCAAGCAAAUCAUGGACUGCGUCGAAACGGCAACAUUCAAGGACCAAUCUCCCGAAGAAAUCAAACGCCUUCUCCACAUGGUCGUCGUGGGCGGUGGUCCGACUGGUGUCGAAUUCGCCGGUGAAUUGCAAGACUUUUUCCAAGAAGAUUUGCAAAAAUGGGUCCCUCAAAUCAAGAACGAUUUCCACGUCACUCUCGUGGAAGCCCUCCCCAACCUUCUUCCCAUGUUCAGCAAGCAACUGAUCGAAUAUACCGAGUCCUCUUUCAAGGAAGAACACAUUGAGAUUCGCACCAAGACCAUGGUCAAGAAUGUGACCGACAAGUACAUUGAAGCCGAAGCCAACAAGCCUGACGGUACCAGGGUUCUUGAGAAGAUCCCGUAUGGUCUCUUGGUCUGGGCUGCUGGCAACGCUGUGCGAACGGUUGUGAAGGAUCUGAUGUCCCAAAUCCCUGCACAAAAGAACGCCCGUCGAGGGCUUGAAGUCAACGAAUACCUCGUGGUCAACGGAACGGAAAACAUUUGGGCUGUUGGUGACUGUGCCGUUGCCAAUUACGCCCCCACGGCCCAGGUUGCUGCUCAAGAAGGUACCUUCUUGGCCCGCCUCUUCAACACCAUGGCCAAAACCGAUGCCAUCGAGGCCGAACUCCGAGGACUUUCUGCCAAACAAGCCACUGCCGAACCUGAUGACCGCAAAGUGAUCCUCAACGAAAUCAACGAGCGCCAGAAGCAGCUCCGCCGUGUUAAGCAGAUUGGGCCCUUCCAAUACUCCCACCAGGGAUCUUUGGCAUACAUUGGUGCCGAAAAGGCUGUGGCUGAUGUGUCUUGGUUUAGCGGCAACAUUGCCUCUGGAGGCACCAUGACCUAUCUUUUCUGGAAGAGUGCAUAUUUGAGCAUGUGCUUCAGCACCCGAAAUCGUAUCUUGGUCUUGUUCGAUUGGGUGAAGGCCAAGUUCUUUGGCCGCGAUGUGUCGCGAGAGUAA